AAACAGUUUGCGGCAUGCCGUAUUCCAGUCAGUCCAUAGCGACUACACGUGAAAACAUUGAAACAGAAUCAACAGGGAGAUUUUGGAGUUUAAUUUGGGUUUUUUUCGGUCUCCAGUCUGACACCGACUCUCCGCUUAGAGUGAAGCCGGCAGGAUGCUGUACCUGAUCGGUCUGGGUCUGGGGGACGCGGCGGACAUCACGGUGAAGGGUCUGCAGGCGGUGAAGAGCUGCUCCAGGGUCUACCUGGAGGCCUACACCUCCAUCCUGACCGUGGGCAAGGAGGCUCUGGUGAGUCCGGACACACACACACACACACACAGGUCUAGUCUCUGUUAAAGUUUCAGGUAUUUUAGUUUAAAUGUCUCUAACUCUGAAUAUCUAAAAUGUAAAACCACAGCAGGAGACAGCAGCCUGUGAAGACAUCAUUAUUAACUUUAGUCAUGUGACCCCUCAGUCUUUGUAAACUAAGGAUCAGCUGAUUUCCUGCUGCUUUUCUUAAGUUUUUCUAAGCCACAACUAUUCCUGCUCACUUUAAUUUACAGUUUAUUCAUAAAUGAUUUGGUGUUUCUGUUCCUGAAAUCAUCUCCAAGACUCUAGAUCAGUCUGGGGGAUCCAAGAGGAUUUAGAAAUCCUGAGACUUUUAAACAUAAACCCUCCUGUCUGUCUAACAAGACAUCUAAACCUCUCUAACUCGUCUUCAGGUGGUCUGCAGAGCUCGAAGUAUCACCUCGAAGUGUUCCUCCUCCUCCUCAGGAUUACAACCAAAAAUUAGAAAAGCAAAAUAAAAAACGUGGUAAGCUCCUGUAGGGCUGGGCGAUAAAAUGAUAAUUAUCAAUACAAAACAUUAUCAAUAUGAUUUUCAAUAGUCGUCAUUCUGCCAUGUUUUAGUAGACGAUAGGAAUAGCCAAUGAAAAGGGGAGUUGCUCCGGUUCCGCCUCGCUCUGAACUAGAGGAUGACAUUUUUCGGGAAUUCCCGUGGGUCCCAUGGGUCAUGUGAUUGCAGCGGGAAUCCCCAUGAUUGGGAGUCAUUUUUUACUUAAUCCUGUUAUCGGGACGGGACGGUAAAAAAAAGCAACUCUUUGAACUAUGUUUGACUUGUUGAAAAAUUAUUUAUAAAUAAAGACUGAUUAAUAUCAUCAGAUAUUACUUUUUAUACAGCAAAAGUGACAAUAAAUGAUUUACAUGAACAAAAAACCUUUAAAAUCGACCAAAACCCUCGUUCAUGUUGAAGGUUUAUGACAAGGAAACAAAACGAAAAUCAUAAAAGAAAUAAAAUUAAAAAAAAUGAUGAAAAAUAAAUUAAAAAGAUAGAUCAGGGCUCGGCACUAACUUCACAUGUUCUCCCAAGUUGAAAAAGUAAAUUAAAGUAUCGACCUUAGUACUAUUAUUAGAAAUCAAUUUUAGGUCUUUUGGUCACAUGACAGUGAAGCUAUUGAAGGAAAACAGCCUUUUCUGAGAACAUCAACCGGUAAUUUAUUGACGGUCCCUUAUUCAACACCGACGUUGACAGUGAGGGUGUGGAGUAGAUUUAACCGCGCUGCUGUUGUUAUUCCCGGUUAUGGAGAGUGAGAAGACACCGGUAGAUCCUCAGAGAAUGUCCGUCAGAUAUCCAACCUGAAACUAACUUCACCGCCGUAUUUACAGGAAAAUAUAUCCAACCUGAAACUAACUUCACCACCGUAUUUACAGGAAAAUAUAUCCAACCUAAAACUAACUUCACCGCCAUAUUUACAGGAAAAUAUAUCCAACCUGAAACUAACUUCACCGCCGUAUUUACAGGAAAAUAUAUCCAACCUAAAACUAACUUCACUGCCGUAUUUACAGGAGAAUAUAUCCAACCUAAAACUAACUUCACCGCCGUAUUUACAGGAAAAUAUAUCCAACCUGAAACUAACUUCACUGCCGUAUUUACAGGAGAAUAUAUCCAACCUGAAACUAACUUCACCGCCGUAUUUACAGGCAAAUAUAUCCAACCUAAAACUAACUUCACCGCCGUAUUUACAGGGAAAUAUAUCCAACCUAAAACUAACUUCACCGCCGUAUUUACAGGAAAAUAGAUCUAACCUGAAACUAACUUCACCGCCUUAUUUACAGGAAAAUAUAUCCAACCUGAAACUAACUUCACUGCCGUAUUUACAGGAGAAUAUAUCCAACCUAAAACUUACUUCACCGCCGUAUUUACAGGAAAAAACAAAAAAAAACAACACUUGAGUAAAAUCGACUUUCAAGUAAAUCUAAAAAACGGUAAAACUCACUUAAGUGCAGAACUAAAAGGGUCAGAACUGAGUUUGUUUUUAAAAGUAGGAGGACUCAUACAGACCCGGACCCUUCAUAUUGAAUCAAACUGGUUUUAACUGGUGACCCAUAGAACUAUAAUGAAACAGUGAGGAUGCAGACGGGCCCGAUUCUGGUGUCGAAGGCGCCGUCAAACUGGGUGUUUUUGUUUAUCAGGGUUGAACCCCCGUCAGCUCCUCCGUCGUCUCUCUAAUCGCCGUCUUUCUGCCCUCUCGCCCUCAGGAGGAGUUUUACGGGAAGCCGCUGAUCCUGGCGGACAGGGACCUGGUGGAACAGGGGGCUGACGAGAUCCUGAAGGACGCUGAUGUGACCGAUGUGGCGUUCCUGGUGGUGGGCGACCCGUUCGGGUGAGUCAGAUCGUCCACGUCUGUGCUCGUCCUGGUAUCGAUCCCACAUUGCUGAGGUCUGCUGCGUCAGCACGCUCGGAGCUCGAUGUGACCGCAGAGCCGUUUGUCUCCGAGCCGCUCGGCCUCCAUUUCUGCAGAUUUCUCCCCAAAACCACCAGAUUCCUCGCUGAGCUAAUAACAGAGUGCAGAGCGCCUGCAGCUCGCGGUCUGCAGAGUCUCUGCUGACGCUCCUCCAUACCAACGUCGGUUUUACAGUUUACAUGAAAAGAGGAGCUGCAGAUUUCUGACCUACUGAGGACCGAACAUGUUGGUUUUGUUUCCAUCAGGUUUGUUUAAACCGCCCCUGACCUCAGCGUCUGAAGGUUCGAAUGAGCUUCAGCCACGCCGUCCAACAUCAGAGAGACAUCUGCAUCUGUCCUGCUCUCUGUCUUUAGUUUGAUUCAUCACAAUCCUGACCGAGAAUGAAGUCCUGUCUUUAUCUCAGCUUGAUUAAUAUUCCUCUUCUGCUGCAGAAUCAAAAACAGACGUUUCAAACCUAAAAUCUACUUUUCUGAGUUUUACUGACGUCCUCCUUCAGCCUCAGAUUUCCUCACACUCAGUACAUGACACUCAAGAAAACCAAAUUAUCGCCUUAUUCCGAUAAAGUCCAGACAACUGAAGGUCAUGUAAACACCUUAGUCUGACUAUAAUCGGAGUUUGAGAACUCCGAUUAAGACACCCAGAUCAUGUGAUAGGAAUUCAAUUUUCUCUACCAUGAUCGGAAACAGCGCCGCUGAAAAGACCCAUAUCGCCCCCUAGUGUUGGGGAGGAGGACACGUUCACGUCAAUAAUUUAAUUUUCUCAGCUGCAUGUAAACGAGGACAAGGAGAGAAGUCGGAUUCAGAGAAAAACAGCGAAUUAUGAGCUCGGUCCGAUUAAACGCACUGACUGCUGCACUCACUCACAUUGAGGUGCGCCGGUAUAAGCGGUAUACCUGAAACUCGUCCAGUAAGAAACGUUCCGCUGUGCAAAAAUACAUUAGGUGCGAUUGAUAUGCACUAAUAUUUUUAACAAGAUAAUAUCAGUGUAAUUAAAUAAUCGCAAUGACCACGUAAAAAUCCCGGUUCUCAUUUUUAUUGAUGUGUGUUUGUGUUUGUGCAGAGCCACCACCCACAGUGACCUGGUCCUGAGAGCUGUGAAUGCUGGGAUACCGUACAAAGUCAUCCAUAACGCCUCCAUCAUGAACGCGGUGGGCUGCUGUGGUCUGCAGGUACGUCACACACCUGUUCGCCCUGAGCGUUGCCUCACAGGCUGAACAGAGUCUCUAAAAGACUGAAAAUCUUUGACAUAUAAUCCAAGUAUUAGUCUGGUCCUAGUCGAACAAAGAUUUUAGGACUUUUUCAUGUUUCUCAGGAUUAGAGUGUUCAGUUCAGCGCUGUGCAGCGGAGAGCGGAGAUACUGGCAGACAUCUUGGUUAGUUAGUUACUCAGUUCACCAUUGUAUGUCCUCCCUCCUGGAUAUUAUUUUUUAUCGGAUGGUAGGGGAAGGUCCCGCCCUCCUUGGCCUCUGAUUGGCUGGAAGUGCUGGGCUCCAAUUUGUUAUUCCUUAUGGCUGUGAAACGUCAUCAUCUGUCGCGUCAGGAGAUUCAGACUUACGAUAACGUUCAGUAAUGUUCUGUUUGAUGUACAGAGCCGACAGCCUGCGCUCGGCUUAAGCGUGUAUUGACGUUUUACAGCCAUGAGGAAUAACCAGUCGGAGCCCAGCACUCCUAGCCAAUCAGACGCGAAGGAGGGCGGGACCUUUCCCUACUUUCCUAAGAAAUAAAAUAUCGCUUUCUGGACUGUUCAGGUGGCUUAAAGCCUGUCAGUCAGAGCUCAGGGCCCAACACCCCCUUCAUUUGUCCAUUAUAUAUAUUUAUAUAUACGUGUGUGUGUGUGUGUGUGUGUGUGUGUGUGUGUGUGUGUGUGUUCGUCCCAUCUGCUGAUGAAUCCCAUUAAACUGAUGUUGUUACUAAUGUUACCUCAUCAAUAACUGACCUGUCACAGCAGCCAAUCAGAGAGCAGGACCCAGCUGCUCCCCCCCCACCCACACACACAUACACAGAUUAGCCUUAGUGCUAACAGUCUGGGCAGGGGGUCCACUGAGGGGGGGGUCGUUAAAAUGCUAAUGAGGGGGCGGGGCAUUCCAGUGAGCCCCUCUGGGAGUCAGUCCCAUCAGCCCCUGCAGUCUGAGGUCAUGUGUGUGUGUGUGUGUGUGUGUGUGUGUGUGUGUGUGUGUUUGUGUGUGUAGAGGGAGUGUGUUUAAAUAAUUUAUUGUCUAUACAGCUCUGAAAAGUGUGUGUAUUUCUGUUCGUGGUGUUAAACUCUGGAAUAUUCUGGAUCAUGUCACUUUAUAAAUGUCCAAAAACAUCAAAAUAUUUAAAUCAAACUAUAGAGAAGAAUUAAAAGAUCCAUAGAAGUUAAUUAACAAAAAUAUGGUUUUACACUAAAGAUACUUGAUACCAUAGAAGUAAUAUUAUAUUAAAUUAUAAUAUACCUACAUAGUAAUAUUAAUUAUUAUGUAGGUAUUUAUACAGAUCUUUGUCAUUUAUAUAAUUAGAUUUGUUUUUAAAAAUCUCUAAUUUGUGAGGAAGGGUCAGGACUAGUUCAUCUUUGCUUCAUUCUGUUUCUUCUCAAACUGUUUAUUUUGACAUAUAUAUAUUGUGUAAAUUGAUCUUUAACAUGUACACUUGUUGGCGUUUUUGUUUGUAGUUGUUUUUUUGAUGUUGUUCUUAAAGUUUGAGAUAAAUAAAGAAAUAAAGAUCUAUAAACAGAUUAUUUUAACUCCAUAAAAACACUUUUUUUAAUUAUAAAUUUCAUGAAUCAGGAUUUGACUGUUUAGUUUUUCUGGGUCAAACUGAAGCAGACUCGAUCAGAAGAGUUUAAUCUCACAUUCAGGCCGACGGUUUAAAAGUAGAUUAAUAAAAAUAAAUAAAUGUGGUUUAUGACCAGCUGACCUCAGAUCAGCUGUUCAUCAUGUUUUUGGUGAUCUGUGAGGUUUUAGUGUCACGUUCAUCUGAACCAGAUAGAACCAGCGGCCUCAACUUCCUGUUUAGUUUCCUCUUUAAAUAACCACCUGAGACACCUGACAUUUGUGUGUGUGUGUGUGUGUGUGUGUGUGUGUGUGUGUGUGUGUGUGUGUGUGUGUCAGCUGUAUAACUUCGGGGAGACGGUGUCGUUGGUGUUUUGGACGGACACGUGGAAACCGGAGAGUUUCUACGACAAAAUCUGUAAAAACAGAUCAGCUGGACUUCACACACUCUGUCUGCUGGGUGAGACACACACACACACACACACACACACACACACACACACACACACAACACACACACACACACACACGUUGUGCAGUUUUGGAUCUGACCUUGAUGGUGUAUUCGGGGUCCUGGUGUCUGUUUAUCCAGAGGAGACCAUCAUCAUAAAUCAGACCUGCAGACUCCCCCCCUCAGGGAAUCCACAGACCCCCCCAUGAAAACAGUCCUGAGGGAGGAGAGUAACCUGCUGGUGACUCUGAGUGUGUGUGUGUGUGUGUCCCAGCUGGUUCUUAACAUUCAUUACAGGAAAUAAAAGAAUAAAAGCCCCUAAAAUCACAGACACUCAGACACUCAUCCAUCAUCCUCUCAAACUGCAUCAGUCCGUGAUUUCCAUAAGGAGUCCAUGCUGUGAUUUCCACUACAGAGACUCUUUCUUAUUAAUAAAUCAGGCCCUAUAAACUGGGCCAAAAACCUUCUACUGUAGUAAAAUGAAAAGGUAAAGGUGUUUUUAUUGAGCCGAAUUAUCAAUAAAAUCAUGAUUUUGUUAACAGGUAUGGAUUUAUGUGCUGUUGAGUUAAUAUAUUUGAACAAGAGCACAGUAAAGUUAAAUCAGCUAAUUUUCCAAUGAGGUUCUGUUACUGAACGGAACUACACCAUGUUCUACUGAGGUUAGUACAUAUAGGGUCCCAGCCAUAGUACUAGACACCAAACAUCUUUUCAACUUUGACUCAUUUCUUUAGCAAAGAGACUAAACACAACUCACCUACUCUCUUCCAGCAGACGCUUGUUUGUAGAGAGACCUCAGGCCAGGCCAUUACAGACUACAGCGGGGUGCGGCAGCUCAAGGAAGAACAUUUAUGAUCAUUUCUUUAUCAUUUCCUUGAAGUAAUAAUCACCAUAUUGAUCAUUUUACAGACGCGGUACUUCUUCUGUCUUAGCGUCUCUGUCUGAUUGUAUUUCCAUGAAGAAAUGAUCAUAAAUGUUCUUCCUUGAGCUGCGGCACCCCGCUGUAGUCUGUAAUGGACUAGCUUCUGUUUUCAUAUCCCUCUAAAGUAGAAACACAUAAUCCCGCAGAAGCUCUUGUUUGUUAAAGGAUAAUUCUCAUAUUUUUUCUGUGUUUUCAGAUAUUAAAGUCAAAGAGCAGAGCGUGGAGAACAUGAUGAGGUAAGAUCUUUCUCCUGAGUGGACGCUCUCGCUGAUGAUGUCAUCCUGUUUUUAUUAACGCCUUUAAAUCUCUCUGAGGUGAACCUCACUGAGCGUGUGCGGUGGCAGCAGGAUGAGCUCAUGGUAGUAAACUGUCACGACCACAGAGACACAAACAGAUCAGUGACCUGCUGAGUAAACUAACGUGAUAAAACUCUGAAUGUUUUUAACUUUUUUAAGUCCUAAAAGAUCGAAGGGAAAGUUUGUGUAAAGAUGAACCACAAAAUAAGUUUAGAGACGUAAAAGUUUCAGACAGAAUAUACUUUUGUAUUUUUAUUUUAAGAUGAAUAUUUGUGAUUAGAGUAUUUCUUUAUUUUUAUCUUUUAGAGGGAGAAAGAUCUACGAGCCUCCUCGGUACAUGACGGUCAGUCAGGCUGCAGAUCAGCUGAUUCAGAUCGUCCAGCGAAGGAGGGAGGAAGGGGAGGAGCUUGGUGAGUGGGACUGUCACAUUUACAGUUUUGCACACUUUCUUCAUAACUUUAGUGCAAAAACGUUUCUGUUUUCAUUUAUGAAGGUUGAGAGUGUAUGCAAUGGUCGGGUUACGAUCGAAGCUCUUUCUCCUCGGUCAAACAGCGUCAGACGACGUGAAUGUUUUAACCUGAAAGAUUAAUUUCAGGGCAAAUCUGAGUCAAAGUUAAACACAAAUAGCUUUAUUAGUGAGUAUAAGCUUCCCUGUGAUUGGCUCGAAGAUGCAAAUAUGAUGCUAACGCUGCUAACGAGUUUGUUUUACUUAAAGAAGUUACAUCCACAGGUACAAAAGGUCAGGGUUACAGCACACCGUUAGCGUGCCAGCUAACAUUCUCUGUUAGCAUGAUUAGCUCAACCGCUAACCUACAGAAAAAUCGUUACAUGUAUCGUCUCUUUUGCUGUACGGGGGGCCGACUCUUGUUUUUUGUAUGUGUUGCACUCAGGAGUCAAACCUGAAUAAGAUCAGCCUCUGUGUCCCCCACAGGUAUGACGGAGGACACUGUGUGUGUGGGCGUGGCCAGGCUCGGCGCUGACGACCAGAAGAUCUGCGCGGCAACAUUACGUCAGCUGGUGUCAUGUGACCUCGGGGGUCCACUCCAUUCGCUGGUCAUCACCGGUAGACUCCACCCGCUGGAGGUGGACAUGCUGAAAGUGAACGCAGAACCAAACGCGCUUGAACACUUACAGAUGAUUGACAGCUCCACCUACUACUCCUAACACACGCACGUUUGUCUGUGAGGACUUGAGGACCAUUGAUGACGUGGAUCAUCUCUUCCUCUCAAACCAGAAUCUAACCUGGGAAAUAAAACUCACAGGUCCGUCAAACUCAGACGGAAAAUUCUAGAUGUCCUCAUAAUUCAGAAAUGUCCCCACUGUGGGUCCCAGAGCAAAGUACUGGUCCCCAAAAAUACAGCAAAACAAGAAUACACUCACACACAGUUUCUUCACCAACAGAAUGAUAUUAAAUUAACAUAAGUCACUAAUUAUCUGUGAAUCUGAUUGGUUCUGAUAAACUCAUGCUGCGUUCGAGUUACCUUGGAAAGUCAGAUGUCGGAGCUGAAAAUGACGUCACACCCGAGUUCUCAACGUUUCAGUUACCAAGCCGGAAAAAAGCGAAAUCGGAGGCCUGAAACAAGAUGGCUACAUCUACCAAAGUUAUUUUAGCACUUGCCUAGUUAUUUUCGGUCAAGGCAAAGCGCUAAAACAACUUAAGUAGAUGUCGCCAUCUUGUUUCCACCUCCGAUCUUGUUUUUUUCCAACUUGGUAAAUGAAACGCUGGUAACUCCAGCAUGAUGUCAUUUUCAGCUCGAGUUUCUGACUUCCAGAGUAACUCAAACGCGGCAGAUAACUUGCCCUGAAACUCACAGGAAGAAAAUUCUAGAUGUCCUCAUAAUUCAGAAAUGUCCCCACUGAAGGUCCCGGAGCAAAGUACUGGUCCCCAAAAAGACAGCAAAACAAGAACACACUCACACACACAGAAUGAUGUCAUGUUAAAAUAAUCAAUUUAUAACCCAUGAUUCUGAUUGGUUCUGAUGGACUCACACCUGUUAAACAGGUGAGCAUGUUGAUGUUGACGGUUUUCACUGUGAUGUCAUCAAUAAAGAUGGAGGACGGCGAUCGGCUCAGAGAAA